CCGAAAGAUUGUUCAUGACGACCAGCAGUGGGAUCUCCAUCUUGCCCACGCGGAGAUAGCCUACAACCACGCCGUCUCGCCAGCCACGGGGAUGUCGCCUUACUAUUGCGACCUCGGUUAUCACCAUCGUGUUCCCGCGGACUUCCUCCGACCGUCACAGAUGCACCCCGACACGAGUUGUCCCGCGCUGGAUGAUUGGGUUGCACACAUGACGUCGAUCAUGAAGACCGCACAUGAGCACGUAGCCGCUUCCCAGACUCGCAUGGCAGCACGUGCGAACCGAUCGAGGAUGGAUCAUCCAUUCAAAGUCGGUGAUGACGUGCUUAUCGACGCCCGCCACUUACAGCUCGAAGCGGACACGCUUCGCAAGUUUCGGCGUCGCUUCUUUGGCCCAUGCCGCAUCCUCCAGGCCGUCGGUUCUGAUACGACWUCUAGCCCGGUCAGCUUYCGUGUGAAGCUGCCCGACURCCUACRCCARRCUCGUGUGCACGAUGUCUACCACAUCUCGUUACUGCGUCCUUACCGCAGACCGUCUGAGCGUUUCGCUGGACGACCAUACGAGCGCCCUCCACCCAUCAUGGUGGAUGGUCACGAGGAGUUCCUCGUUUCAGACAUAAUUGGUCGCCGAGUCACCGACGACAACCCUCCCCACAUCGAGUAUCUCGUAUGUUGGAAGGGUUACCCUGAUGAGGAGGCUACCUGGGAGCCCCUCGAGCACUUGCAGCACGCUCGCAUGUUGGUGCGUGCCUAUGACCGUGCUCGUCGUGCUGGGUUCACUGCUCCUCCUCAGCCCACUGACCCUCCUCCUUCUCCUCCGGCUGAGGAGACCGCUGAAGUUGAGCCUGCUCCAUCUGAGGCAGACCUUCAGCAGCAGCCGGAUGCUUCUGAGCGUCCACAGCGCACGUGUCUUUUGCUGCUUCUGUCUGAAGCCCCUUUUGCCCGAUGUGGUACUCGACUUUCGGCUCAAAGGAGAACUGUGCCCGAGCCCAUGUUGGGGUGGGUGCCACGUUGUAAGCUUCUGGCCACUGCGGCGCGCCAUCUGUCCGAAAGCAUGGAUAUGUGUCCGCGUGUCUUCCUGUACUUGACCCGGUGGGCGUUUGUGCAUGCUACAUUGCUGUGUUGGAUUGUGAGGUACCUUGCCGUUGGAGAUGGCCUACGSAGGGAAGUUCACCUGCAAUCCAAACAGCCGGACUUCGCGGCGUCUCGGCAGCUGAUUGCACGUUCCACGAUUGUUCGACGUUCUUUUGGUAGGCUGUCCGGCGUGACGUGCBUACGUGCGCCUCGGCCAUCGCUCCUUGCGGCUGCUCGUCACACCCGCUACCUGGUUGAUCCUGCCAGAGGGGUAGCAAUUACUAGACCAAUCCCGGAGGUUAGCUACCUUUUGACUACCUAUGCCCGCACUCAUGCGGUUGUUCUGCGUCUUCCGGAAGUGGUAACGGGUUGGUYGCGAAGCAUGAAGAAGGCGUGGYUGGKGGCAUGCGAAGAUCUCUGGCUUAUGGGGAGGGGACCCUGGAGGGGAAGGAUCGAUGUUGAAGGCGCAUUGGCUCUCGUCUACACAGCGCCUAUGACAGAGCUAAGGGAUUGGUUGCUGAAUGAAAGGAAACUUGAGACGAUCAAAGUUGGAGGUGAGAUCUUGGAUGUCUCCAUUAAAGCAUGGAGGUCGCCGACAGAGAUUGAAUUUCAACGCGAGGAAGAACGUCGGCGAUGGCCAUGGGUCAAGGUCUUUGCGACUCCAACUAAUGUGGCGUCGUUGGUGCGCCCAACAGUGGAACAAUUUUUUGGCGAGAUAGUUUGCUCAUCAAAGCAUGCAGACGACGACCGGGAAUAUGAGAAGUUUGUAAUCAAAGGGCCGCUAAAACCGAAUGUCACGAAAGUGGGAGUGGCUACGGGCCCCUCCACCGUACACGAUCUUYGCUAUGUUACUAGCGAAACUCCAUUUUGUGAGAUUUGCUACACGCACGRCCACUUGGGGAAGGAGGGGCGAUGCCUAUCCAGAACAGAAACGGCUAGGGAAUUACAGGAGAAAGAGAUGCGAAGGAGACUGGAUCCUAUUCUAACCUCAAAUUUUGCCGAAGAACAGAGGAUGUGGAGUGAGGUGGAACUCAAAUUCGAUAAGGAGAUUGUUUUGGAGGCAAGGACGGAGCGAGCUUCUAAAAAUCAAAUGGGAGGGGGCGACAAAGAAGGAAGGACGAGUGAGAGAAGGGAGAGAAGUUCUAGGAGAAACCGUCCAGCAACUUCUUAUGAUCACAUGGACGUUGACGACAUCAACCCRCGAUGGCUCUUUGGGGACGACAAACGCAAGUAUCGAGAAGGUUCGCACGAUGAAGAAGGAAGGGACAAACGACAGUGCAGCCCGGCGAACCCAACUACUGUCAUCAAUGAAGAGCGACUGCAAGACAAGCAUGUCGACCCAGCUUCUCACUCGAAAGAUGGGCAAAACGUUAACGCAGACCAAGAGAAGGAAGCUGACGAAGACUCACAGGGCGAACCACUCAUUGACAGGCGACAAAAGGGGAAAGAGGUGCAGCUUAAUAUGGGCUGUGACAAAGGGGUGCAAACCGAAGACAUUCACGAGACACUUGCUGAACAGGAAGUGGCAGUGGACGGAGCUGGUGCAAGCGCUGCG